GUAAAGAGAGAGAGAGAGUGAGAAAGAGGAGCAGUGGAGAGAAAAAUCCACAGAGUGCAGCCUGACAUGUUGGUCACGGGGACUUGUUUCUGCAGCUUGCCUCUGCCUGCCUGUGUGCAUGUGUGAUUAUUUCCCCGAAGCUUGGGAUCACCAGGAGAUGUACUGAAGGAGCAUGCUGCACCGCUGAAAUCUGCAAUGCGAUUCACAGAAGGGGGAGACGCAGCUCGCUGGCAUCUGUUGCAAAGGAGGGAAAAGGACACUUGCAUUCAGUGUGAAGAGGAACGUUUUUGUCUGUUGGGGAAGAGGGAGGUGUAGGUGGAGGAACUGGAGGAGAUAUUGCUGACCUCACUUGCACAGGAGAAAAUCGCCUUUCUUUUUGUUUUGAUUUUUGGUCUGGCUCGUGGGUUGCUUUUUGUGUGUGUGUGCAACAUUUCAUUUUCCCCUUCUUUCUGAAUUAGUUACUGAUUCCUCAUCCCUCUCUCUGCCCCAAACACCCCCCUGUCCUCUUGCACACAGCCUCCCUCCCUCCCACCCCCCCCCCCCCCCCAGCCGAAUGUUGCAGCUUGGAUUACAGUGGAGCUCUGAUCUGUUCCCGGAGCUGGCUGUGCUGAUGCAUGGCUUUGCUCUCUGCUUAAUGCAGUGUGAUCUGCUCCCUUUGUAAAAACAAAUCCCCCCCUCCCCUCCUUUCCCUUCUCCCCUGACCCCCUCCCCUCUUCCCCCCCCCCCUCCCUCGCCCCCAACCCCUCCCAGCCAGCCCAGGACAAGGAGGGCAGAGGCAAGACUGGCAUUGCCAAGCUGCAGCGUUUCAGCUUGUCCUCCCUCCCCGGCCACUCCGUCUAUAACCGUCGCAUGUUCAGGUCUAAACGGUCGGGCCUGGUGCGGCGACUUUGGCAGAGCCGGGUAACGGGAGGAAAUGGGCAGGAGGCGGACGAUUGGAGUGACCUGGCCGGAUCGCUAAACGAGCUGAAGUCGGUCACUCACUCGCUGCUGAAGAGGCUGAAGGAGAAGCCGCUGGAGGUGCUGAGCCAGGCGGUGCAGAGCAGCGGUGCGUUACACACCGCCUGUGUGCCCAUGGCCAGGAGCGAGCUGAGGCUGGGCAAGCAGACACUCGCCCCUCAGGUCUUACUCUGUCGACUCUUUCGCUGGCCUGACCUCAAGCAUCUUUUUGAACUCAAGCGACUGUACUCCUGCGAGGGAUUCGCCAGGAACACAGACAGUUCCACUGUGUGCUGCAACCCUUAUCAUUUCAGCAGACUCUGUGGACCAGACUCUCCACCUCCUCCUUAUUCGAGAUUCUCUAUAAGUGAUGAGGAAAAGCCACUGGAAUGUACGGCAUCCUGCACUGAAACAGAAGCCACCAACUCCCCAAAUAUCACACCUGGAGAUUUCUCAGAUGCCAGCCUGUCACCCGACACAAUGAAGCAGUGCCAUUGGUGUAUCGUGGCGUACUGGGAACAUCGGACCAGAGUUGGCCGCCUGUACACUGUUUAUGAACAGUCUGUCAGUAUCUUCUACGACCUACCUCAUGGGAACGGCUUCUGCCUCGGACAGUUAGCCCUGCACAACAGGAGCGAGACCGUCAAAAGGACUCGAAGCAAAAUUGGCUAUGGGAUCUUACUGAGCAGAGAGCCGGAUGGAGUGUGGGCGUACAAUCGAAGUGAGCAUCCAAUCUUCGUCAAUUCCCCGACUCUGGACAUUCCCAAUUCUCGGACUUUGAUUGUUCGGAAGGUGAUGCCAGGAUACUCCAUAAAGGUUUUUGACUAUGAGAAGUCUUACCUGCUGCAGCAAGCCACAGAUACAGAUUAUGCAGACGGGCCAUAUGACCCUAACAGUGUUCGUAUCAGCUUUGCGAAAGGUUGGGGACCUUGCUAUUCGAGACAGUUCAUCACGUCUUGCCCAUGUUGGCUGGAAAUAAUGCUGAAUAGCAGCAGAUAACAGUCACCCUCCAGGAAUGAAAUCCUAUAUCAGAAAAAAAAAACAAGACUAUUCCAAAUAUCAUCUACCUAGAUUUAAUAUAAAGUUUUAUAUAUUAUAUGAAAUAUAUAUUGUACUUGUAAAUAUGGAGUCAUUUUUACAUUGUAAUUAUUUAUGUAUGGUGCAAUGUGUAUGAAUACAGAACACAACAGGAAAAUGCACUUUGGUUUAUAUAUACUCAUUCAACAUCAGAUUAAAUUAUACAGCAAAAAUGGGGACAAAGCCUAGUUUUGGUGUAUAGUGCUGCCGUACUUUUAGUACCCAGACAAAAAGCUAACUUACCCGUAAAACAACAAAAUGAGUCACUCAUUGAUAAUAAAGUAUUUGCAUUAUAAA